UUUACAUUUCACUGUCUUAGCAAAGUAAUCGAGCAAAAAAAGCUAAAAGAAAAGCAAAUUACUUUAACGAUGAAAGAAGAUGGUAGUAUGAAGUUCAAUUUUUGGGAAUAAUGAAAGGAAAGAGUGGACAUAGCAAUUUUCAAUGCUUACUAAACAAGUAUUGGAAUUUGGAAAACUGGAAAGUAGUUUAAGGGAAAAAAAUAACGCUUUUUUGUGCUCUCUUAAAAUGGCAACCACAAAAGCUCCUUGCUUCCAUGGAGUUUGGGACAUAAACACAUCAUUUUCGCUGAGCUUCUUGUGUUGUAUCUGCCUGACUGUCUCUCUCUCACCAUUUCUUUGUACCAUUGCUUCACUCUAGACCGCUAAAGUACACCUCUUUCUCUCUUUUUUUCUUUCUUUCUUCAUUUGUCAUAAUCCUUGAGCAACUUUUAUUUAACUUUUUAUAUAGUAUAUUUUUUUUUGUGAACUCAAGUAAAGAGCUUUUUCUUCUUCAAGUGUCUGGGCUAUUUACUGUUGUUUUGCAGUUGUUUUCAUUCUGUGUUACUUGUUUGUACUCUUGCUCUUGCAUUUAGCAUUAGUUCUUUUGUUCCUGAGCUUUUACUUGAUUGAAUACAAGUGGGGUUGUCAUAUAAUUCUUAGAGCUGUUUAUUGUUUUGGGUUUUCUCUUUUGUUUUUGUGGUUAAUGCAUUUGGCUAUCAAGACUUGAACUUUCCAUAAAUUUGGUGCUACAAAGGAGAAUUUGAUGGGUUUCUUUGCUUGUCUUGAUCUUGAUUCUUCAAGUGGACUUUCCUAGCUAAUGUUGCAGCGUCCAUGAAGAGUUGCUUUUGAGACUUACCUGAGGUUUUGGAGAUCAACAUGUUAUAGUGAGAAGUUAAGAAAGAUAGCUUUUUUGUGUUUUUUCUUGAAUUCAACUAGGUUUAAUCUGUACUUGGGUGCUUCUGUUGCAUGUAAUGGAGUCCUGGAGUUAUGUUUCAGGGGAGAAGGGGUCUGUAACUGAUGCAGAAAUUUCACCUUCUGAUUCUUAUGCAAGAAAUAGAAGUGCCUUUAUGAACUGGGAGUUAAAAGGUCCAUAUAGUUUUAGUAACAACAUGCUAGUCUCCGGACAACAAGCCACUGAGAAUCAUGCUUUUGGGGAAUUGGGGUAUGGAGAAUUCAUGGGAAAACAGUUACCUAAUGAUUCAAUUGGGGAUGUUUUAUGUAGCAAAGUUAGUGGGGGAGGAACUGUAAAUCCAAUAAUGGCUACCCUCAAUGCCUUUUCUGGGGUUGAUGAGUCUACUUCGAAGCUUUCAAGCUCUGUUGUGGACUCUAAUAGUCGGGAUUCUUCACUGAUAGAUUUAACGCUGGGAAGAUUUCCUGAUCAUAGAGAUGGCCAAAGUUCUAGUUUUUCUAUAGGAGCCCCCAUUUUAUCUUCAUCUGAGUCAUCUACACCCCCCAAAGGAGUUCGAGCAGCAGGAGUAAAUUCUCAUCCCGCCUAUUGCCAAGUUUAUGGUUGUAACAAGGAUCUGACUUCCUCAAAAGACUACCACAAGAGGCACAAAGUUUGUGAGGUUCAUUCAAAAACUGGAAAAGUUAUUGUUAAUGGAAUUGAACAACGGUUUUGUCAACAAUGCAGCAGGUUUCAUUUGCUGGCUGAAUUUGAUCAUGGUAAGCGCAGCUGUCGUAAACGCCUUGCUGGCCACAACGAGCGGCGGAGAAAACCUCAAGUUGGUAUUCACUCAGGGAGAACUGGAAGGUUACUUGAGCAAUAUAAUGGCUUUGCAGGUGGCAGAUUUCAUGGGACUAUGUUGUCAACUACGUCCUUUAUUUGUAAAGGUUUACUACCUAGUGGCCGUUUGCAUGCUGAGAAGUUUGUAACAAAUGAAUGGGCCAAGCAGGUAAAAGUCGAAGAUGGGCCUGAUUAUAUCCCUCUUUCUGCCAUUCCCAUCGUGAAUGGCCAUUUUCCUUCAAAAUCCUCCUACUCUGCUAGUGGUAUUGAGAAACUGUUUACCUCUUUUCAUGAUAAUGGAGCUAAUAUAGCCACUGGAGGCAUUUCGGGUGAGAACAAUGCACGAUAUCCUCAUGAUUUUGGUGGUCCAAAUUCUGGAUCACACCCUUUAUUCCAAGGCACCCCGUUAAGAAAUGAAGACAUCAGUGAUUUUGAUGCAACAUCAACCAUUCGAGGAUUAUCUGGGAUUUCAGAUUCUUCUUGUGCUCUCUCUCUUCUGUCAUCUCAAUCGCAGAACUCUUCAAGCCACUCAUCAGGAAUUCCCAUGAGUCGUUCCCUGGUCAUUCCAGGCAGCCAGGCCCAUUACAACAUGAGUCAAGUCUCAGAAAAGCUCAUUGGAGUUAACUCACAGGCUUCGACUACUGGGUUGUCAAAUAAGUUCUCUUCACCAGGGAUGAAUUCAACUGAAGGGAGUCACUUGGGUUCCCUACUAAUAUCUGAUGGUAGUGAAGCUGCCAACUUUGGUAUAUGUGAUGGGAUUUACCAAGGUUCAGAAUUUAUAAAUACCAGGGAUCGCCUAUCAUGCGAAGAGGGACCAACAAUUGAUUUGCUUCAGCUUUCAUCACAGCUUCAGUGAGUGGAGCAUCAAAGACAAUAUAUGCACAGGUAAAGCAGGAAGAUAAGGCUUUCUGCUACCGCCGAAUCACUUGAGUACAGAUCAAAUAAGGUAAGUAAAGAUGUUUAAAUGUUCAUUAUCAUGUAUCUUUGUUGACAUGAUGCCUAUAUGAAUAUCUACUUGAAAAUGAAAGGUGGAAAAUGUAAACAAGAUGAAAUGUGGAUGCUCUAGGGUCUAUUCUUUUUUUUUUUUCCCUAAUUAAGAUCAUUGUCAUAUGAUACUUCUAAUAAAUCAUAUACCUCAUUGAAACUGCAGCAGAAUCAUUUGUCAUAAGAUACUUCUAAUAAAUCAUAUCCCUCAUUGAAACUGGAGUAGAAUAGCUAUAAAACAAAUUUAGCUGAAAGUAUGAGUGAGUUUAUCAGUAGGACUUUGAACUGCUAUUCGGUAUAUAAAUUGAAAAUGACUUAAGCUGAUGUGGUCUCCCUGAAGCUAAAAGUGUCAAUAAUUGCUUAGAAGUGCCAUUAUUUUACUUGGUUGAUGGUGGUUAUAGGCAGUGAAUUACUUAGCUAAAGCAAAAAUUAUAUUGGCCAUAGAGAAAACAGCGUGAAAAGCAAAAAAGUUGUGGUGCCAAAGGUGAUCUGAAAUUGGUUGAGACCAUAAUGAUGGGCAACAAAUUCUUGUCUGAAAUAAUGGAAUUGGGAUCAUAUGGCAUUGAAGCUGCAAUAUUGUGCAGCCAGAUGGAAUUUAUUAUGUGAACAAGGGAUGUGGGGGAAAAUAAGGGGUGGAAAAAACAGAAACAGUGAAAGGCAAAUCAUAGAAACUUAAUUAGGUAGCAUGAAAAAAGGGAAAACAAUGAAAUAAAUGCUUUAAGUUUGUCCAAAACAAUGAAAUCGUAGGCAUUCUUUUUCAUGCCUUUUCCAGUGAACCAAACAGGCUGUUAAUCUCCACCACACUCCUUUUUCCUUCUAUGAAAAGAAUGAGAUAGUUAGGAGCAUGUAUGGUAGUACAUCAACUUCAUCUCUACUUGAAUGUAUCAUUCAUUUUUGUCAUGCUAAAUCCAGAUAUGACUCGCAUACCCCAUAUCAAGUUAAUGAUUAUUAUGUAUCUCAAAAUGAGUU